AUGGUGUCCAUAUUUGUCACAAUCUCAUACAGUCCUCCAAAAAUAACCAUCCACUAUGUUGCCCCUGGGAUUUCUGCUAACUCCUCUGCAAUGGCCUCUUACCCACUUCGCCCUUUCUGGAACCUUCGCUUGGAGGACAGUGCAUUGUGGAAUCAGAUGCAGCAUGCUUGGGACCGUCAACAUAAUCCAAUAUUACGAGGAAAUACAACUGGGAUGAUGAGGAUGAAUUCAGAGGCUAAACUGUUAUCAGAAACUGAAGAGGAAUGUCUUUCUGACUGCAUGGCAAAGUGUUCAGUCCCUCGUGUACAUGGUUUAGACAGUUAUCCAGAUCAAAUGAAAGCAUUUAUCAGAUCAAUGCACUGCAGGGAGUAUCCUCUCCUCAUCAACCAGCCUAGUCUGUGUAGGAAGAACAGCAGUAGCUUCAUUUUGGAUUCUCCUAUGCUCAUUAUGGCCAUCAAAUCCCAGGUGGGAAACUUUGAAAACAGGCAGGCCAUCCGGGAAACAUGGGGGCGCAGCGGUCUAGUGAGGGGGGAAUCAACAAAAAAAGGUGGAUUAGUGCGCACUGUGUUUCUGCUUGGGAGGCAGGACUCUAGUACGGGUCCACAUCCGGACCUCAAAAACCUUCUGGAGCUUGAGAACCAAAAAUAUCAGGAUAUUCUACAGUGGGAUUUUAGAGAUACUUUUUUUAACUUGACCUUGAAGGACUUACUAUUCUGGCACUGGCUUGAACAAUACUGCCCUCAUGCCAUCUUUGUGUUCAAAGGGGAUGAUGAUGUCUUUGUCCGCACUGGUGCCCUUCUGGAUUACCUUCACAUGCAGUGGGAGGAGCAUAUUCUGUGGAGAGCCUAUACAAAUGAAACCCACAUGAAUUUGUUUGUAGGUGAGGUUAUCAAUAAUGCAAUGCCUAACCGUGAGCCAUCAACCAAAUACUACAUACCAGAUAGUUUCUACCAAGGGGUUUACCCACCUUAUGCUGGUGGAGGAGGGGUGGUGUAUUCCGGCUCACUUGCACUACGAUUGAAAAAGGUGUCUGAAAGAGUUCGCCUCUUCCCAAUCGAUGAUGUGUAUCUGGGCAUGUGUCUGUACAGAUUGGGGCUCUCACCUAGCCAUCAUCCAGGUUUUCUGACGUUUGAUCUCCCAGAGGCAGACAGGAGCAAACCCUGUGCUUACAAAUCUGUUCUGCUCGUUCACAGAAGGACUCCAAAUGAGAUGCUGAUGCUUUGGAAGCGACUUCGAAAUCUACCAGGUCAUUGCUGA